AACCAAGCAUCGCAGCCAGAGGAGCAGCAAAACUUCUUCCCGACCGCGAGAGCCGCAGAUAGGAGUAGGAGGCGCAAGAAGAAGGAGUGGAAAAAGUGUCAAAAAACAUGGAAGCGAACCCGAACUAGAGUCGAAUUGUGUGUGCUCGGUUGUGGUGCCAGUGAAAAAAUCGAUUUUUACCCGUCGGAACCGUGUCCAAAGUGACUUCCGGCCGUCGGAACCGAUUCCCGGCAUGAUGGAGCGUUUCGCGAUCAACAUUUUGCACAAGCGGAUCUACAAAAUCUGUCGCCUUUGCGGAGUCGAUCAGCCGCACAAGAUUCCCAUUAUUGACGGGGCAGAGACCAUCUUAGUAGGCGACGAGGACGAAGAAGCGUCGCUAGCGAAAAAAAUCGAAGAAUGCGUCGGCAUACAGGUUCACAAGGACGACAAAAUGCCGCAAAACAUCUGCGCGCUUUGUGUGGACAAGAUCAACGAUUUCUACGAGUAUCGAUUGAUGUGCGCGGCCACCAAUCUCCAGACCCGGUCUAUCUUAAACUUGAAUCUGGUGGAACCCUCGCGAAAGUUGUUGAACUUCGGGGAGGUAUCCAAAGUGGAGGAUGUGAAGAAGGAGGACGUGAAGAAGGUGGUGGAAGUGGCGACAAGCAGCAGUAACACCAUAAUCCCGACUGGGGGUAAAAAGGGCAAGAAAAAGCGAGGACCGCCGUCUCCCUCGCCAUCCCCGGCUCCUCCAACUACACGUAUCAAAGCUCCGGUGGAUGUAAAAGAUGAACCAGUUCCGGCUAUUCCCGUGAAGGCCCUUACCAAAAAGGAACGUAUGAAGCAAUUGCAAUUGCAAAAGGAAAAAGACGAAAAGAAAAAGAAAGACGACGAGAAGAAGAAAAAAGAGGAUGAGAAGAAGGAUAAGAAAGAUGAUAAACUUAAAAAAGAGAAAGUGGAAGCGAAAGCACCGGAAGUCAACGAGCAGAAGCAUACAAGAUCCAAGAGGAAAGAACCUUCUCCGCCGAAGGAAGUGGCAGAGACAGUUGAACAGACAGUUCCUCCGCCGAAAAAGAUCAAAUUCGAACACCCUUGUUCGUACUGCACGGAUGAGUUCAAGACGGAAACCGAAUUGGCUGCUCAUUUGGUGGCAAAACACACACCUUCAGUUCGCAAGUUUGGUUGUGGCUCAUGUCGGGAAACUUUCGAAACCGUCCUGGAAUCCAAGGACCACAAUCUCUGGCAUCAGCUUACCCGUACUCUGUACACCUGUUUUAAGUGUAAGCGAAAGUAUGACAAAAACUUGGCUCUAGUCAAGCACAUGUCGUUGAAUGCGUGCGGUCGCGUUGCUCGGGGACGACCUCCGGCCCUUCAUCCCGACGUCCAAUGUCGAUUGUGCAGCAAAAAGUUCAAAACGCAGAAUCUGUACGAAUGGCACGGUUGUUUCCUCAAACCGAAAUGCAACUGCCCCAAAUGUGGCAAAUAUUUUGUCAAAAGACAAAUUCUCAUUCGUCACUACAUGAUGUACUGCACCGGAACACUUCCACCGCCAGAGCCAGUCAUUAUUCCGAAAGUUGAACCCGUCGAUCCAGCUGAAAAACCUGCGGCGGCAACGACUGUGGCCACAGAGAAACCCGAUCGGAGAAAACGUCGUGUUGCAUUUGCUGAACCAGAACUGCCCAAGGAGGAACGUGAAAUUCCGUUCCCACCGCCACUCGAGCCCGAAGCUGCAGCUUCCUCUCCGGCCCCUACUCCUACCCCGGCCCCAUCGGGAAGCAAGAAGAAAAACAAGAAAGACUCCACUCCAACCGUCACCAUCAAACCGGUCCCCCCUCCUCCGGCUCAAACCGAGAAGAUCACAUCACUUUUAACCUCCGGAGCCAAGCUGGACCGUGAUAGCGAUAUUACCACCAUCAAUAACCUCCUGAGUUCGGUCACGGAAGCCAUUGCCAGUAUUUCCGAAGCUAAAGCCAAGAAGAAGAAGAAAAAGAAGGACAAGAACAAAGAUAAGGCUGAAACAGAAUCGUCCACAGUCGAAGAACAGAAGAAGGAUCCUGCACCGCCGGAGCCUAAGGAACCAACUCCCCCUCCUCCAGCGGUAGAAGAAAAGACUGAGGAAGAUCUUGAAGCCUACGCGUUGGCUCAGGAAGUUGGUGAAAUGACUUUGGAUCAGCAGCUGGCGUUCUGUUCUGGAAAAUUACCGCUGGUGGUCCUUGCCAAGACAACCUUCAAACAGGAAUACACCGAAAUCGACACGGAACCCUCCCAAAUGCAAGAGCCCAUGGCUGAAAAUGGAGAGGACGAUGGGUACGAUGAUGCUGGGAACGAUUAUUCCGGUUUCCAAGAUGAUGAUGACAACGAGGAGGAACCCGCCGAACAAGAAGAAGCUCCUGCAGCAGAACAAAAUCAGCAAACUGAAGAACUUGAAUUCCCAAGGCCAAUCAAACAGGAAGUCGAACCGGAAGAACCAACGAUUGCACCGGAAACACCACAGCAGGAAGAAGCACAAUCGCCUCAACAGGAAGAAACCGACAGCCCUCGGUUGGAAGCAACACAAACACCUCAACCCGAAGAACCAACACAGCCAACGGUUGUGGCAGCUCCGAAACCUGCGAAGGAACCAGAAUCUCUAUUCGAUGAGCAGCUUGCAAUCACCAUUAAAAAGGAACCCGGCCUGGAAGAAGAACCGCAACAACCUGCGGCGAAACGGAAACGACCCGAGUCCCGUGCUUCUGCUGCUCCUUCACCUGCCUCUCCUGUAAGUUCAUCUCGAAGCGCCCCGCAAGAAUCGCCCAAACUCAUCCUGAAGAUCAACAAGGGUAUGCUGAACUCGGCCACCGAAUCGACCAGAGCAAUAAAGACCAUUGUCCUAGACGAUGACGACGACGACGACGAAGAGGAUCAACGCCUUCCCGAACCGUCAGAAGCAUCGAAGAAGACGAAGGUUUACAAGAAGCCCGACUUCCUGGCGGUGAAGAUCAAACAGGAGAAGGUCGAUCCAGCUUACGAACGCGUUGAAACACCAACCGUCGUCAGUCAAGCCGAACUUCCUGGUGGCAUCCGAAUAAAACAGGAAAGGCUAGAUCCCGAUGAAGAACCGGCCCAACAAUACGAGGAAGAAGAACAAGCUCCGCCACCACAGAAGAAAUCACGAUUGUCUCGCAAGGACAAACCAGCCUCGCCGAUCGUUGCAUUCGACGGAGUCCGUAUUAAACAGGAAAAACCGGAUGCACCUCAACCGGAUGUGGAAAUGCCCCCAUCCAUUCCUGCCCCAGAGGAUCCCAAGCCAGCACAGGACAAGAAGAAGAAAUCCAAGGGCAAAAUCAAUCCAUUCGCGUUGCUCCGACAGAAAAUGGCUGCGGAAGCUGCUGCCAAAGCUGCCGCUGGAUCUGCUCCUCCACAGGCCCCAUCUCCUUUGCCGGUUAUUACCAAUGUAGUCGGGAACGCGCCAACCACAUCCACCUCUUCAGCCAGCUCUUCUGGUGAAAACACCCCCUUGGCCGAAUCUGACAGCGAAAGUGACCGACGAGUUCCGGUCAUCGCCCAGGUAGCUUCUAUAGCCGCCGAAAAGGUCAGCGCACCGGAAUUCCCCAUAGCAAUCAAACAGGAACCGGUAGAUGAGCCCGAGGAAGAGCAUCAACAGGAACAUCCGCAUGCUGAAGCCGAAGAAGAAUCACCCGAAAAUGACUUCCCGAUGCCCAUCAAACAGGAGAUUCCAGAUGAACCACCCAAAGUUUCCGAAGAGAGUCCCUCAGAGGCGGAAGAAUCAGAUUUUCCCGUACCCAUCAAGGAAGAGCAGCUCGAAUCUCCACCGGAAUCUUCGGAAAGCGAAACUAGACAACAAGACGAAGAACCUGUCGCCAAGGACGUGGCCGAAGAAAAAGAACCGGAAACUCCGUCGUCUACUGAAGAAGAGCAAUCCGAUGAGAAAGGGGACGAUGAAGGGGAAGCGGAUGAUCACAAGAGUGUUCCUUCGUCGGUUCAAGAAGAAGAACAAGGCGAGGACGAGGAGCAUGAUGAAGAUGAAAAGGAGACUGUUCAGAAGAGUGAAGAUGAAAAGGAAGAAAGUCCAGCGGAAGCGGCUACUAAAGAUCAGAAUGACGAAGAGGAAGAGGAAGAAGAGGAUGAUGAAAAAGAAGGGGAGGAGAGUGCUGGAGCUGCUGUGGAGGAUACAGUUGUUCCAUCAGAGGAACAUAAAGCGGAUCAGAUUGAGGAGGACGAAGACGAUGGCGAAGAAGAGGAGGAAGAAGAAAGUAGCUCCCCUGUUGUAGAGGAAAAGAAAGAUUCAGUUGUUCCAUCAGAAGAAGAAGAAGCAAAUCCAAACGAAGAAGACGGGGAUGAUGGUGAGGAAGAAGAGAAUGAAGAAAGCAGUUCACUUGUGGAAGAGGAAAAGAAAGAUUCACCGAAGGCUGACGAAGAGCAGAAUGAAAAGGAUGAAGAUAACGACGGAGAGGAACAGGAAGAAAGUCCGUCACUUGCAGCGGUAGAAGAGAAAGCAGAACCUCCUUUGGAAAACGAAGAACAGAGGAAUAGCGAAGAUCCGAAUGAAGCUGAUGAACAUGAAGAUGAUGAAGAAGGGGAAGAAAGUCCUUCAGAUGUGGUAAAGGAGAACGUUGAUUCACCUCCGAAAGUAAAUAAAAUUGAUCAAAACGAUCAGGACAAAGAAGAUGAGCACGAAGAAAAAGAACAAAACGUAGCGGGGCGAAGGGUAGAAAACGAAGAAGUCACAGAACAGAAAGAGCAAAAUAACAUCGACGAAAGGAUCGAGCGUUCGGAUGUCCCAGAUCAAAAUGAGCCACUGUUGAAUGACGAGCCGGAAAAUUCCACGUCGCCCAUUUCCGAUAUUCCAAUGGAUGAUUACGAUCAAAAUUCGCUGGGGCAGGAAAAUCUCCCUUUCAAAUCACAAGAGCCCCAACAAGAAUCGGUUGCGGUGGUGGAACCGCCACCUAUAACAGAAGCCCCGAAACCUUCCUCAACCAGUGACGAGUGUGCUGACGCCCGCUUGGAGUCUCAACUGGAGGAGCUGCAGAAUCUUCUCACCGGUGGACUAAAACCUUUGCCCGAUCCAACGCAGCUGGCACAGGACAGCUCAUUCGUUCCUUCCAGCAGCGUUCAGAACAUGGUUCAAAGUUCUUCCACGGGAUUGUCCAGCGUUGAAAACAACGUCGGUAUCAGCGGACUGGAGGAUGAUCUGGACAGCUUGCUGAACAACAAAUUAGAAGAAAUUAAGGCGGCCCAGCCGUUAAGUUCUCUACCCCCGCAAGACGAUCUCAAUAUGGUGAUCGAACGGGAACUCUUGCAUGAAAUGAUGCCAAUCAGUGACAACGGCAACAACAGCCUGCUCGGAGUAGGACAGGAUUUACUGCUGGACGGAAGCGGCAAUAGCGGCCAGCAGUCGUCAUAAUUCAUUACGCAUUUUUGAAAUUCCCCUCCUUUCCCCCCUAUUGCACUCACGUCCCACAAUCUUUAAUUGUAUUUAGUGAAAGCCUAUUGGAUCGGAUUAAGAUUUUAGGCUGCCCAACAAACACUCACAUUUCAAAUCAUUGCUCGGCAAGAAUAAGCCAUCCAAAAGUAUAGUUUUCAUUCUGCCGUUUAUGGGUAUUCAUUAAUGUCGUUCAACAGAGCUUGUAUAUUUUAUAUUUGCACCUUAUAAUUUUUUGUACCUCUCGUGACCGCUCUUCUUGGAGCCGAAACAAAUCCUUAUUUCGUUAAAAAAUAAGAAACCCAUCACUGUACUCUCUUUUGUUGGUCCUGUUUUAGUUUUAUUGAUGGAUUGAUUCCUAUCAUGCAAAAAAAGAAAAAAGAAACCCAAUAUUAUAUAGAUUCUGACUGUAACAGUAGAAUAUCCUCCCCAUCGUAGAUGUAUGUCGAUCGUAAGAGAAUGUAAUAAGUUCGAUAUUUAGGAAAUGCAAACGAACAGUAGCAACAACUGCAAGGUAAAAUAGUGUCACAGUGAAUUACAAUAUCGAUUGCGCUAUUGGAUAAAGUAAUAAAUCAUCAAAUUUGAAAACUA